GCAGGGAGUUUUAGGAAGAAGGUACAAAAUAUUUACAACAGUCUCAACCAUAGAGGACAUGCUGCUCAAAAAGGAGGAGGAUGUCGCCUAGCGUCUCGUCGCCAAAGCCCAUGAAGACAUCGGCACGGGAGACGUCGCUGACGAGUGUAGGGCUGCCGUUGCAGAUCAAGUGGGAGUCCUCGAGGUCUCCGGCAAAGUGGGCCUCGUCGACGAACGUAGGGCUGCUGAUGUGCGACCAACCUGUGCCCUCGAAGUCGGCCGCCAUGGGGAGUGCGUCGAAGAGCAUCAGGUUUCCAACACAGAGCGCAUCACUAGCUCCGUCCUCUUCAGCGGGGGUUUCUUCAGCGGGGGUCUCUUCAGCGGGGGUCUCUUCAGCGGGGGAGGCGGGAACGGUAAUGUCGACCUCGUGGUCCUCAGCACCAGUGUUGGAGGUAUCAGUGGUGCUCCACUCAUCAUCGGAGGCUGCAGUAGGGUCGCAGACGGGGGCGGGCGGAGGAGGGGGCGGCGGCCGAGGGUUGGGAGUAGGGAAACAAAGGAGAGUGUUGUUGGGCGGGCUGUCGAGUAUCUCGUCCCAAGGGAUAGAUGGCCGCGGGGUGAAAGGCGGAUUGCUCAUGACUAGUGAGCUCAAUCGGCGUUUCGGUAGACCCACUGGAGGUGCGAGAGGGACUGACAGUCGAAGGCUCGGUGUAGUGUCUCGGGGUGAAGAGCAAUGAGCAAGAGGGUAGGAAGGUGGUGAGUGGGAAGGUGAGCGCAGCGAUCAAGAUUAUAUCAUGUUCAAGAUGCGGGCGAGAGGGAUGGCGGCAAGCAAGCAAGCUGCGGUGGGAUCCUUGUGCGAUGCCUGCACCAUCAGUUGCUCUCUGCGACACGAGCAGAGGAGAAAGUCGUUGUUCAACACCUGCUCGUGA